AUGAUUACUCAUGCAAAGGACAUGAAUGUUACCUUUGACAAAUUAUUUAAUUUAGCACCAUUACCUGAAGAAACAUCAAAAGUUUCAGACUUGAAUAAAACAGACUUUAAGUUAAAAAAGAAAACUAGUUUUAAUGACUUUAAUAAUAAUAAUGAUGAUGUUGAUGGUUACCAAUCUAAAAAAAGGUCAAUGUCUACAGCAAGUGAGUCACGCGGAAUGGCAAGAUAUGCAAGUAUAGGUUCAACUAAGAAGAAAGAUUCUUACUUGGCACCAUCAGAAUCUUAUGUGAUGCUAUCACGAUCACAUGAGAAUGGAUUAUCAUCUGAUAGUGGCGAUAUAAGUAACAGCAUUAUUAUCAAUGAUGAUAGACAGCAACGGGCCAGUAUUAGUUAUCGAUUGAAAGUAACGAAUCGUCUUUUUGAUUUGAUGAAUUCGAGAUCAGAGUUGUCUCAUCCAAUGUGCCAAGAAUGUACCGAGAUGUUAUUGGAUAGUUUGAGUAAACAGUUAACAGACACUUCAAAAGAACGUGAUUGUUAUAAAGAUUUUUUAAAGAAAAUGAAUGGAAGCAUUAUUAGUGAUGAAGAGACUGAAAAAUUACAAAAAGAAAUUCAAGAGGCAAGCCAUUGA